GGCGCGCGAGCGUCUAGCAGCAACGGAGUACUUCGUAAAUAGUAGCAGCAGCUGGUAGAGCAUUAGUCUGAGCAAAGACGAGGAGAAGAAACCCAAGAGGCCUUCUUCGUUUUCCCGCAAUCCACCACCCGCCUGAUUUGCCUCCUCCACCAGCCGAAGGCAAAGUCAGAGAGGAGUUUGUUGGAGGGGAGGGGGGAGGUGAGCCGUGGCCGUCAUGGCCCAGCUGCAUAUAUACGCCACCGCCACCACCUGCCGCGGCUGCGCACGCGCCCGCGCUGUGAUCCCGCUUCCCGCCGCUCCGGCUCCGCUGCAGCGCUUCCCCUCCCCGUCGUCGUCCUCGUCCUCGUCGUCUUCUUGGGCGAUGUCCGUGUCGUCGCCGCCGCUGCUCCGGCGAGGGUGGGCCAUGGGCGCGAGCGAUCAUGUCGCGGUGGCGGCGAGCAGUAACGGCAAGCCGAGGCCGAGGAGGCCCGCCGCCGCCGCCGUGCUGGGCGAGCCGCUGGCGGCGUCCGAGGAGCACGGCCUCGUCCACCCCAGCGCGGACUUCGCCUCCCAGGCCCUCGUCUCCUCCACGCAGCAGUACCAAGAAAUGUACCGGCGUUCGAUCGACGAUCCGGCCGGGUUCUGGUCGGAGAUCGCGGAGGCGUUCUACUGGAAGCACAAGUGGAACCCCGACGAGGUCUGCGCCGAGAAUCUGGAUGUGACCAAGGGGCCGAUCAAGAUCGAAUGGUUCAAAGGAGGCAGGACCAACAUAUGCUACAAUGCCGUGGACCGCAACGUGGAGGCCGGCGACGGCGAGAAGAUAGCGAUGUACUGGGAGGGGAACGAGCCCGGUGACGACGGCAAGCUCACCUACUCUGAGCUCCUGGACAAGGUUUGCCAGCUGUCCAAUUACUUGAAGAGCGUCGGUGUUGGGAAGGGUGAUGCUGUGGUGAUCUACCUGCCGAUGUUGAUGGAGCUUCCCAUCGCAAUGCUUGCGUGUGCUCGGAUUGGCGCUGUCCACUCGGUUGUGUUUGCUGGUUUCUCUGCCGAUGCGCUGGCGCAGAGAAUCGUCGACUGCAAACCAAAGGUUGUGAUUACGUGCAACGCGGUGAAGAGGGGAAAGAAGCUCAUACCUCUCAAAGAUAUAGUAGAUGUGGCUCUGGCUGACAGUGUGAAGAAUGGAGUUGAUGUAGGCAUUUCUUUGACAUACGAAAAUCAAUCAGCCAUGAAGAAAGAAGACACAAAAUGGACGUCGGGCAGGGAUGUUUGGUGGCAGGAUGCCGUGCCCAAUUUUCCAACCAAAUGUGAUGUGGAAUGGGUUGAUGCAGAGGAUCCACUGUUCCUUCUAUAUACAAGUGGCAGCACUGGAAAGCCAAAGGGUGUACUGCAUACAACGGGGGGCUAUAUGGUGUACUCUGCAACAACAUUUAAGCACGCAUUUGAUUACAAGCCAUCAGAUAUAUACUGGUGCACUGCUGACUGUGGGUGGAUUACUGGGCAUAGUUAUGUGGCAUAUGGUCCUCUCCUGAAUGGAGCCACAGUUCUUGUUUACGAAGGGGCUCCAAACUAUCCUGAUCCUGGUCGUUGUUGGGACAUUGUUGACAAAUACGGGGUGACGAUAUUUUAUACUGCACCGACGCUUAUUCGUGCACUCAUGCGUGAUGGUACCGAGUAUGUUACUCGGUAUUCUCGUAAAUCUCUCCGAGUUCUAGGAAGUGUGGGCGAACCAAUCAAUCCCACUGCUUGGAGAUGGUUUUAUAAUGUUGUUGGUGACUCAAGAUGCCCAAUAUCAGACACUUGGUGGCAGACUGAGACUGGUGGCUUUAUGAUCACUCCUUUACCUGGCGCCUGGCCUCUGAAACCCGGAUCAGCAACAUUUCCUUUCUUUGGUGUACAGCCAGUCAUUGUAGACGAGAAAGGGCAGGAAAUGGAAGGAGAAUGCAGUGGAUAUCUUUGCAUAAAGAAGUCAUGGCCCGGGGCUUUCCGGACACUUUAUGGAGACAAGGACAGAUAUGAAACCACAUACUUCAAGCCAUUUGCUGGCUAUUAUUUCUCUGGUGAUGGUUGCAGCAGGGACAAAGACGGAUACCAUUUUUUGACUGGACGUGUUGACGAUGUUAUCAAUGUCAGCGGCCACCGGAUUGGGACGGCGGAGGUUGAGUCUGCUCUGGUUUCACAUCCAAAAUGCGCUGAGGCCGCUGUUGUUGGAAUUGACCAUGAGGUUAAAGGCCAGGGAAUUUACGCUUUUGUGACGCUGGUGGAUGGCGUUCCUUACAGCGAUGAGCUACGGAAAAGCCUUGUUAUGACCGUUCGCAGCCAGAUUGGGGCGUUCGCGGCGCCGGACAAGAUCCACUGGGCGCCCGGGUUGCCGAAGACGAGGAGCGGCAAGAUCAUGCGGAGGAUCCUGCGGAAGAUCGCGUCCAGGCAGCUGGACGAGCUCGGCGACACCAGCACGCUCGCCGACCCCGCCGUCGUCGACCAGCUCAUCGCGCUCGGCGAUAGCUAGCGUCGUCGAUCGAUCGCGCGCGACUCCCAUUUUUUUCUCACAGUUAAGCAGAACUGCAUUUAUAUUCCGCCGAAGAAUAUGAAUGAUUUAUACUCCACCGAAGAAUUCUUUUGGUGUGUCUAGGAGAAAAAAAUGAUUUUUUUAUGUGAUUCCGUGAUCACUAUGUGUGUCGCAUCACAGAUGAGAGAAGAACUGGUACAAUAUAAAACAGUGGGUAUAGCUGUAUGCAUUUGAUAUAAUGUACAAAUCAGUAAUUACAGGCCUUGGCUUGAACGCAGACGACCUGACAUGUCCAGUAUGUUAAUGGGCCAA